AUGCCAUCAUCGCAAUUUUUGGAAUCAAGAUCGAAAAAGUCUAGUGAUGAUUGUGACGAUGAUGAUUCUUCAUCGCAAUGUCAAAAACCAGUUUCCACCGAUAGUCUAACUGUGGGAUUAGCAGUUGGAAUUCCGGUUGCUUUAAUCAUUCUUGUUUUAGGAUUUUUCCUUUUCAAAAAUUACCGUAAGGACAAGAAGGAAUCUUUAGAACAUGACCCUGAUUUCGAUGAAAAUGGUGAAGCAACCGCCUUGCCUGAUUUCCCUAAUCUGAAAUAUACCAUGGAAGAUCCUUUCCAUAAUCGUAAUUCGGUUAGGUUUCCAAAUGCCAAUAAGUCAAGUGCUUCCCUUGCGCCUUCCACAAUGACAAAAGAAGAUUUAUAUAUCGAUAAUUUUGUUUUACCUUAUCAACAUCAAACCGGUUCAAAAGUUUCUCUUGAUGAGUAUGCAAGACAUUUAGGUUCGGGUCCUGCUUUUGGUGGUACUCCACGUAGUUCAAGUUUCUUUGGUAAUAGAACAAGAAAUUCUUCUUUUAGUAAUAUUAAUAACUUAGAUGUUGCUGGUCGUAAUGGAUCUCCGCAAAAAUCAAAUUUGAAAACUGAAGUUUUAAAUGCAAAUAAAGAUGAUGAUGAUGAUUUAAAUGAGAAAAUUAAAACUAAGAGUCCUCUGAAAUCAAUUAAAAAUUCUAAAUCAGGUACUAAAUAUACUAAUAUUCCAAAUGAUUCAACCGCUUCUUUCAAUCCAGAACAUUUCUAUAAUGCUAAUGAUACUUUAAAUGAUUCUUCAACUGAUGUUUCUGAUAAUUCUGCUUCGAGAAACAUUGAGAAAUUCGCUAUUAAUUAUGAAAAUGAAUCAGAAUCGGCUUUAAAUCAAACCAAAGAACUCGAAAGAAAAGGCUCUAUCCAUCCUGAACCAACCAUUAUUGAUAAUUCUAAUUUAGAAAAUUUCCAUAGCCCAAUUAAAGCUUCAAUACAUCAACGUCAAUUACUGAAAAUGCUGAAUAAAUCUGCUGGUAUGCCUGCUCCAAAUAUUGAUAUGGGUGUUGAAUCUCCUUUUGAAGAUAAAUUUGAAAUUAAUCGUAAACCCCCAACCCCUGGUUCGGCAAUGAAAAAUUCUAAUUCUUCUUCGCCUAAUAUGCCAGAUCCUGAUAUUGGUCAAGAUAGUGAAAUUGAAGGUGAAGGUGAAAAUGAAGCUUUUAAUUUCUCAUCUAAUAAUGAUGAUGAAAAAGCUGAUAAACACACUAUUGAUAGUAAAUCUAUGACUAAUGGUCAAGAUGAUAAUGUUACCACUACUGAAACAACUCCAGGUUCAAAUAAUGUAUCUGCUCCAAAUAAUUCUUCAAAUCGUAAAUCAAUUGGUCUUAAUCAAUUUAAUUUACUUUCAAACGAUAGUGAUGAUGAUGACGAGGAAGAAAAAAAUAUUGAUAAUAAACCUUUGAGUCCAGAACAAGAUGAAGAAUUGAAAAGAAUGAAAUCAAUUUACAAAGUUUACUUUGACCGUUCGAAUACUGUUAAAACUAAAAACGGUGGAGAUGAAGCUGGUACCUUUGAACAUGACACUAGUAACCCAUUACCUGAUUUACAAGAUCCUGAUGCUAGUUACGAUCAUUUGAAGAUAAAUAAAAAUUUAAAAGGUGAUACUAAUUAUGAUAAAAGAAUGACAACCACUUCAUCAAUCUAUACUGAAACUCCAAUCUUCUCCCAUGAAGAACAACAAUAUUAUUACAACCAACAACAAUUAGCAAAUGAUCCAGCAUUUUAUAAUCAAUAUCCUUUGGCAGCACCAAAUCAAGUUUAUGCAUAUCCACAGCAACAACAACCACCAAAACCAAAAAAUUUACCACCAUUACGAAGCUUACCAACUGCAUCUGACAUUCGUCAAUCUACUAUUCAAACUUAUACUGAUUUCCAACCAAGAGCUAAGAAUAUAGUUACUUCUCCAACUGGUAAACAACCAUUUGUUCCAAUUGAAAAUGAUGGAGUAUGGACUUCUCCAGUUACUUCACCAGUCGCAGGAUCACAAUCAUCAUUCCAAACUUUUGGUAAUCAACAACCAACAUCUCCAAAUUCUGGAUACGUUCCACCAUUACCUAAUGCUCAAGCUGGGCCUGGUGCACCUAAAGUUAUACCAUCAGCUUCACAGUUGGCCCGUUCUUCGGUUGUAAUGUUAAAUCCAGUUACUGAAAUUACUAAACAAAGAAAAUUCAAACCAGCUGGAUCAUUACCAUCCGGGGCACCAAUUGUUAGUCCAAACAUGUAUCAAUAUCAACAACCUCAAUUUAAUGAAAGUGUAUCAGCUACUGAUAAUGACUUAAUUCCUGGUAGUAGGAAGAGUGAUGUUAGAAGAAUGAUGAAUACUAAUUUCUAA